GUGUCUAUUGAGAAAGUUUUGAGAAUUGAACAGGAUGAUGAGGUUUGGGAAUAAUCAACUUGAGGACGAAAUUCUUGGCGAGGGUGAUAUAAUUGAACAACCUGUUGAAGAAGACAAUUUUGUUGUUGAAGAUCCAAUACAACGAAGGGAUGAGAAUGUUGUUCAGUCUUUAGAGCCAGCCAAAGACCAACAACCAGUCGUUGAGAACAAUGUUGAAGAACUUAUUGCUUCACCAACACAGCAGGAUUUGCCCCAGCAAGAUAUGGAGGAAAUUGUUCAAUCUUUAGUUGACGACUUGAUUACUGAACGUGAAAAUCAAAUACUUAAACAACCACAAUCUGCUGUUGUUUCUGAAGAGGAGGGAAAGAAGAAUAUUUGUGAGGAAAACUUGGAAGGUUUGGAGAAUCCUUUGGAGACGGCUCUGGAAGUUCCUGUGGAAACUUUUGUGGAGACGGGUUUGGAGGGAGCUGUGGAGGAGGCUUCGGAGGCGGCUCUGGAAGUUCCUGUGGAGGGGGCUUUGGAGACUCCUUUGGAGGGGGCUGGGGAGACGGCUGUGGAAGGAGCUGUGGAGAGGGCUUUGGAGACGGCUCUGGAAGUUCCUGUGGAGGGGGCUUUGGAGGGAGCUGUGGAGACGGGUUUGGAAAUUCCUGUGGAAACUCCUUUGGAAACUCCUCUAUCAGCACCAGCAGCGCCACCAGCAUUAGAAGAACCUCCUUUAAAUAUUCAACCACCAAACUGCUCUGUUGCUCCAAUUGAAAAAUUAAUUGAGGAAGAAAACAACAAAAUUUGUGAGGAAAAGGUUGUAGAGAAUUCUCCAAUACAGCACCAACAACAAGAAGAGCAACCUGUUGUAAUGAAUAAUGGUGGUGAUGAAAGUACAAAUUUUCUUAGGCCGUUCAAUACGACUGAUUCGUUUAUGGCUGCUGCUUUGGGGGGAGGUUUGUGAUAAUUUUUAAUUUUUAAAUAGGGGAAAUUGUAUAAUCGGAAAAUUGUCCGCAAAAAUUUUUCUGUCCGCAAAAUUUUUUUCUGUCCGCAAAUUUUUUGCGGUCAAAUAAAUUUUGUCCGCAACUUUUUUUUGUCCGCAAAAUUUUUUUUUGAUUCCCUAUCAUCUCAUAAGGGUAGCUGUCAUAGUUUGGACGUUCUUCAAACUUCUUCCAAUUUUCCCACUUUACCCCAUUUCAGAGGGUGGCUUCAGCCUCAUGGCUUCACCCUUGGCAUUUGUUGACAUUUUUGGCAUUUAUUGACAUUCCUUGACAGAGUUGGCAUUUUUUCGAAUUGUUUAUCCAUGAGAGCCUCCUCACCUUCCCAUAGACCUAAAACCCCCGAAUUAAUUUGGAGGUCCGGUCAUUAUGUCCGCUUUUCUGACAUCUUUGUCAUUUAUUGACAUUUCAAGUCAUUCUGGGUAUUUGUUGACAUUUUUGGCUUUUUAUGACAUUUCUUGGAAUUUAUUGACAUUCCUCGAUAGUGUUGACAUUUUUUUGAAUCAUUUACCCAUUGGAGCCUCCCUCACCUUC